CCUCCAAGGCCACCCCUCUCGCCCUCUCUCUCUCCCCAGCCGUCAGGUCGCUGGCUGCAGGAUUGCGCAUUCCGCCGGCAACCCAGAGCUGCUCUAUCGACCUCUUUCGGACCCUGUCUCCACUCUCGGGCCCUUAUUCUUGGGUCAGCAGCACCAAUGAGCUCGGAUUCCAGGCUUGCCGAACUUCAGUCCAAAUGGGAGGUCGAGAACAAGAUUCGGGAGGGUGCCGAGCAGAUGCUCAAAAAGAUUACCGACCGCAAUGCCUCCGAGGUCUGCGAGUCCAAUCUGCUCGAAUCCCAGCGCCGUCUCUCCUAUCUCGAGAACGAGAUGAAGAAGCUGGGCACCAAGGCCAACCCCUCCCAGUCCGGCGACCAUAUCAACUCCCCGCUCGAUUCCUCGGCCCCGUCGAAUCUCGCCGAGUCUAAUCCCGCUUCCCCAAAGGCCGGAGCCCCCUACCGCCGCCAUUCUUUCUCGGCCAACACCAGUCUCGCCACCACCCCCAUGAUGGCCCGCGGCGGCGGUGGUGGAGGUAGCGUCUUUGGCCAGUUCAUCAGCAACGCUUUUGGACGGAAGCACACAGUCUCCCACUCGGCCUCUCGCAUCAGCUCGCACGAGUCCCUGAGCACUCUGGCUCUCAAGUUCAACAGUGCCUACUUGCCUACCAAGCUCACGAACUUUGAUUAUCUCCGCUGCGACAUCCCCAUCACGACCCAGAAGGUCAAGUACAAGCUCACCGAGGUUGAAUACAAGCUCGAGCGUGAGCGAAACGUCAAGGCCGGCACCGAGAAGAUGAAUCAGGUCGUUUCCCAGGAUCCCAAUGCCGACCCGAAGCGGCAGCAGCAGGUGCAGGAAAAGCUCAUCGAGGCAACCUCCAAGGUGAAUCUGCUGCAAAAGUCUUCGCAGCGAUACCGCGGCCUCUAUGUCGCCGACGAGACCGACUCGCCGAUUUCACGUUUCUCAACCGCAAACCGACCCAAGCGAGAGAAGGAGCUCUUCAGUGGCCGCAUCAAGAUGCGCCUGGUCGCCGCAACCAACCUCGAGGGACGCCAGUCCCACAAAACGGACACUUGCGCCAUCAUCCGUAUCGAUGGCCAACAAAAGGCCCAGACGCGUCAGUCGCCCUCGCGAUGGAACGACGAGUUCGACAUCCCGCUCUCCAAGAACCACGAGAUUGAGAUAUCGAUCUGCGAAAAGAGCGGCCUAGUUUUGGGUCUCGUGUGGUUCAAGAUGUCUGAGCUCAAUGAACAACUUUGUGAAAUCUACAAGCAACAGAAAGGUGCCGCCAGCGGCCCUCCCCAGCCGCCAGCGCUGUCGAUCACCCAGUCGAUGCCUCAAUCGCAGUCGCCGCCGCAGAAGCAUUCCCAGCCCCAGACGCCGCCGAGAUCCCCGCCUCAGGUCGAACAGCGUCCCGGUGUAGAUUCCCAGUCGUCUACAGCCACAGUCAUAGCCAACAGCACCGGAUCCAUUGAUCCAACGCAGCUUGCUCAGAUCGAGAUUGAAACUUGGCUCGAAAUCGAACCGGCCGGGCAGCUGCUGAUCAAGCUCAGCUACGAUCCCAUUGUCGACUCGGCCAAGCAGAAGAGGAAAAACAAGCGGGCCAAGCAGCUUGAGCGUCGGGCGCCUGUCCAAAAGUUCUUGCGCAAGCGCGGCCAUAAGUUCGUCAAUAUGCAAUUUUACAAGGUCCUGAAGUGUGCCGUCUGUAGCGAGUUCCUGAUUAGCGGCGGACUGCAAUGCCAAGCCUGCAGAUACACGUGUCAUACCCGGUGUUCCGGAAGGGUGGUUACCAAGUGUAUUACAACCCUCAACGAAGAUGCAGAUGCCGCCGAAAACGAAAGCGGAACCGUCGACCAGCUGCUGAAGCAUAGAAUUCCCCAUCGAUUUGAGGCCACAACCAGCAUAUCGCUGGACUGGUGUUGCCACUGCGGUUUCAUGUUGCCCAUUGGUCGCUCGCGCUUGGUGUGCACCGAGUGCGGCAUUGCAUCACACCAAGACUGCCAACAUCUCGUCCCCAACUUUUGCGGCCUGACCCCUGAGUUGAUUGACCAGAUGAAGAGCGCCAUCGAUCUGGCUGAACGACGGAAGCGUGAAAAGCUUGCCAUUGACCAAGAAAAGGCCGCCAUCGCCGCCGCCAAGGCCGAGGCCCUCACUAAGGAGCAAGAGCAGGCUCAGUCGGUCAAGGAGGCCGAGGAAGCCCUGGUAAAGCAACAGCAGCGACAGGAGGAGGAGGAGAAGGAGAAGCAGCAGAAGCAGCAACAGGAAUUGCAGCGGCUUCGAGAGUUGCAGGAGCAGCAGAAGUUGGAGCAGGAGCAGCAAAAGCUGGAGCAGGAGCAACUUCAGAAGCAACAGCAGCUGCAGCUCCAACAGCAACAACAGCAACUGCAGCUCCAACAGCAACAGCAGUUGCAGCAGCAGUUGCUCCAACAAUCGCAGGAGAAGCGGCAAUCUCUUGUCGCAUUAGCUAGCCAGAUUGCCGCGCAGCCCCAGUCGCCGGUGAUCCAGCCCGGAGAGCCCCGUACCCAUCCUGACGCACCCCGGGCCCGGCCUCACAGCAAGCACGCCACCCGCAAGACCAAGCCGAUUGGCCUGGACGACUUUAAUUUCCUAGCUGUCUUGGGAAAAGGCAACUUUGGCAAGGUCAUGCUUGCCGAGGAGAAGGCCACCCAGAGCCUCUUUGCAAUCAAGGUGCUGAAGAAGGAGUUCAUCAUCGAGAACGACGAGGUCGAGAGCACGCGCUCGGAGAAACGUGUGUUCCUGACCGCGAACAUGGAGCGACAUCCCUUCCUGGUCAACUUGCACAGCUGCUUCCAGACCGAGUCCAGAAUCUACUUUGUGAUGGAGUAUAUUUCCGGAGGCGAUCUCAUGUGGCACAUCCAGCACCAGCCCUUCUCGGAGGCCCGUGCCAAGUUCUACGCAUGUGAGGUGCUGCUGGCACUCGAGUAUUUCCAUCGACACAACAUUGUCUAUCGCGACCUGAAGCUCGACAAUAUUCUGCUUUCGCUGGACGGACACGUCAAGAUCACCGACUAUGGCUUGUGCAAGGAGCAUAUGCCCUAUGGCGCCACCACCAACACCUUCUGCGGAACGCCAGAGUUUAUGGCGCCCGAGAUUCUCCAGGAGAAGCCCUAUGGUCGCGCCGUCGAUUGGUGGGCGCUGGGCGUGCUCAUCUACGAAAUGAUCUUGGGCCAGAGUCCGUUCCGAGGCGACGACGAAGACGAGAUCUUUGAAGCCAUCUUGGAGGAUGAGAUCAUGUACCCUGCCAAUAUGAAUCGGGACGCGGUGUCGCUGCUCCAGAAGCUUCUGAUGAAGGACCCAUCCAAGCGGCUUGGCUGUGGCCGCACAGAUAGCGAGGAGAUCAAGAAACACCCGUACUUCAAAGGCGUGGAUUUUGACGCGAUGUUGCAACUCAAGCUGCCGCCACCAUUUUAUCCCAGCAUUGGCUCGCCGACGGACGUUUCGAAUUUCGACGAGGAGUUUACCAAGGAAAUGCCGGUGCUGACUCCCUGUACCUCGGUCCUGUCGGCAACCGACCAGGAAGAGUUCCGAGGGUUUACGUACAUCUCGGAAUGGGCCCAAGAGACCCGAGCUCGGAUCGUCCAAGCCGCAGCGACUGCAAUCUAGGUCAAUGUGUGCCGGCCGGGACCAACUCUCUGCCUCGCAUCUGCUUCCGUUUACGCAAGUCGAUCGAUUCAUGAUUUGCACCCCUCCCCUGAUCCCUCAUAGUAGGGCCCAAUUCGUCACCGUCGUUCUUUGUGUUGCUGUCAUUGUUACUUUGCCUGGCUUUUGCAAUCCCUUCAAUCUUUGUUACGCUGCGCGAUGCGCUCUCUUACGGUCAAUCCAAUAAAAAUCGGGACACCCUGGUUUUUUGACCAUUGACCGAAUAAUUUGUUUCCCAA